GUCAACCUUUGGAUAGAGAGAGAGAGAGAGAGAGAGAGAGAAUUUUCCUUCAUAAUUUCCAUGACCCCAAGAUUCGUUUUUCUACUCAAUUCAUUCCUUUGAUUAACAAUUAUAGCAAUCCGCCCACCCACCCAAGAUAAAAAGUCUAACUCAUUCUCUUCCCCUUCUUAAAGACCCUUUUGCUCCCUCAUAUUUCUCAAAUCACCUCUCCAUUCAUUUUCAUAUCUUCUUCUCCUCCUCCUUCAGCUCAUGGGUUGUCCUGAUGACGGAUGCAACACUGGCCUUGUUCUAGGGUUAGGUUUCUCUUCAUCAACCUCCCUGGAAAAGCCUGAUAAUAACAAUAAUCAUAAGCCCAAGAUGAUGUAUAAGCCAUGUUUUGGGCCUUCACUUAGCUUGGGUCUUUCUGGUGAGAUUUACAAUCACCGCGGUUCUAGCAAGAAGAUUAGUGAUGUCAAUAAAGGUUGCGAGGAGUCUGUUGGUGCUGAUUUGCUUCGUCAAGCUUCUCCUCAUAGUGCUGUUUCUUCUUUCUCUGGCGGUAGGGUUAAAAGAGAAAGAGACCUUAGCAGUGAAGAGAUAGAGGCAGAGAGAGUUUCUUCAAGAGUAAGUGAUGAAGAUGAAGAUGCUACUAACACAAGAAAGAAACUUAGGCUCACCAAAGAACAAUCUGCCCUUUUAGAGGAAAGCUUCAAGCAGCACAGCACUCUCAAUCCUAAGCAAAAGCAAGCUCUUGCAAGGCAGUUAAAUCUACGACCAAGACAAGUUGAAGUGUGGUUCCAAAACAGGAGAGCCAGGACAAAGCUGAAGCAAACUGAAGUGGACUGUGAGUUCUUGAAGAAGUGCUGCGAGACACUAACAGAUGAAAAUAGGAGGCUGCAGAAGGAGCUUCAAGAACUUAAAGCUCUGAAAUUGGCACAACCCUUUUACAUGCACAUGCCAGCAGCUACUCUCACCAUGUGCCCAUCUUGUGAAAGAAUUGGUGGUGUUGGUGAUGGUGCUUCAAAGAAUAAUCCAUUUUCAAUGACUCCAAAGCCUCACUUCUAUAAUCCCUUCACCAAUCCUUCAGCAGCAUGUUAAGAUUCCAGGAUAAGAUGCAAAAGAAUUGAGUUAAAAAAAAAAAAACCAAAAAGAGUAGAUCUCCCGCCACAAUCCCUCUAUUUUUGGGUUAAGGGCUUGUAGUCAUCAUUAGUGUAAUUAAUUAUUUUUCAGAAAAUAUAUAGUAACUACUGAUCAACCUACUUUUUUUUUUUUUAUUACAUGCUUGUAUAUUAUUCAGCAAAUAUAUAAGAAGGGACGAGUAUUAUUUA